AUGAACAAAGUUUUGAAAUCUCAUAAACACAAUAUCUCCGAUAUAAAUGAACUUCAAACUUCUUUAGACAGUAAAGCCGACAAGAACCAUACACAUAACUCCUUCACUACUGUUAGAGCAGACGACAUAAUAUUGAACUUUGAUUUGGGUUCAAGUGCACCAUUAGAAAAUCCAAGUACAAGCGUAAAAGAUACUCUUAACAAUUUAGAUAAGAGUUGCAGGAAUAUCGAAGGUCAUGCCAGAAACUUUGAAGCAUAUGAACUACCAGCAAUGUUAGAUAAGAAAGCAGACAAGAACCAUACACAUACAAGUUUUACAACUGUUGCUAUAGAAAGUAUUGAAGGAACGGUUGAAGAAACUGGUGGGGAUGUAUUAUAUUGUAAACCUCCUAACUUUCCACAAGGUUUAACAUCGGAUGACGACAUAACGACGAUGAGAAACAUUAGAUGUAAAGAUGUUUAUGUCAUGAAGGAUGAACAUAAUAUUAAAUUCACUGCUCAAGAUUUAUAUGACAAGAAAGCAGACAAAACAGAGCUUCAAACAUUAAAGACUCAGAUUCUUCAAACAUUAUAUCCUAUAGGCUCUAUUUAUACGUCAAUGAACUCAACAAAUCCAGCAACAGUUUUAGGUUUUGGUACAUGGCAGCAGAUUGUAGACAAAUUCUUAUACUGUGCUAACUCUUCAAAGCAAACAGGAG